UGCAGGCGUCGCUCACCUGCUGUGAUACAGUAGUACGCCGAGUUGUUUUUCUCAACACAACAAAACACCACUUAUACGACGGGCCUUAACAUAAACUCAGUUGGUCUAACUAUUCGUAUAGGCGAUCAAGGUAGAGCCGGCUGGAACUCUUCUGGGGUGGCGUUUGUUGAGUUUGUCUCUGAGGCUCAAGCCCAGAUUUGCCGUCGCCCACAGCAACUUUCUUGCGUGCUUCUGUAUAAAAGACUUUCAGACCGAUAAGGCCUGGGUGGCGCCAGUCGUCGACAUUACUAAAUAGUUUUAACCUGUUGAGUCGACAGGUAUCACGCGGGAUGGGUCAACAAGACAGGUUUGGUAGGGAAUACUACCCUGCCUUGGGCCCUACAUGGGAAAGUCGUGGUCUUCAGCCUGCUGAAAAUCUUUACAAUGAGCAGCAGGUGCCUGCAAGGAAAGGCGCACCUUUGCCUUUACACCAAAUUCUUCGAGAACAAGCUCGUAUUCCAGUCAAGGUAUUCUUCAUGGCUGCGAUCCUGGACGACGGCUCUGAAAGGACGUUCUGUACGCCCAAUUCGAUACCUCCCGAACGGGUCAAAGAAUUCUACAAUGCUGUGAAUUUCAAUAACAUUUUUACCCCAACAGAUACCUGUGUUUCGACACCUUCGUUCGAAGAAUCCUCAAUUCCCUACCGGAAGUCUGCUUUUGAUCUAGACUCUCAGGAAGACUACACUUCUGGUAGACCUGCACGGAAGCGACGAAACCUUGGUGGGGAAGAUAUGCAGAUUCGGCCCACUACGAAGAAGACGACGAAACCGAUCGCCGUUAGUGAUAGCAAACAGUUGUGGCUGUUUUACGAACAACGAUUCAAGAAUUGCCAACAAGCCGCUUGCAAGCUCAUCGCCAAAGCUUGGAUAAAAACUGUAGAGCCUAAGAAGCAGUCGACUCAUCCUUACACUGGAAAGGAUGAGAAAGCACCAGAUUGGUGGCCGCAGCCAUGGGGAGAGGGUACAGAGCACAAAGUCCGGCACAAAGAGCCAGACCAUCUGUAUAAAAAAGAACGGUUACAUUUAUUGUGUCAUAUUCUGAGAAUGAUUAUUGAGCCAAACAAUGGCCAGCACUCCGACAUCAAGAAACUCCAGCUGAAUAUCGCCAAGCUGGAAGAGGUUACUUGGGAAGCGCUUUCUGCGUGGUUUGCUGACAGUAACCAGACUGGCAAUCUCCAGAAGAAGCCAUAUCUUGAGGAAAUUUUCAAGGUAGCAAAGCAGGAAGAAAGAUUCCGGGCCGGAAUGGUUGACGGAUCUAUGAAAGUCCAUGUAACAUCUGAUGACAGGCUUGCCGAAAGUUACGAUGAUGACACCGAGGAGAGCAGCCCAUCGAGGAUCGACGAAGGCCAAGACCGCCUGCCAAUUUCUCGAAGUCUCACACCCCAUAGGGGGCUCGCUCAGAGCGUUCCGGCUUACCCCAACACGCAUGGGUCGAUCGAUGCUGCAGAUGGCUCUAUGCAUGGUGCUUAUAUGAACGACGUUGUCUUGAGGGGGCCGCACUACACUCAGCCUCUUCCAGGCUCCGAGUUCGACGAGGGCGUCGCUAGGUACAACGAGUUGUCCGCUGCAGCACCGCUACACGCAUCUAACAGUAUGGGACUUUCGGAUAUGCAGUACAUGGGACCGCACGAUCCUGGUCGGAGACCGUCGGUGGCUGACACUCACUCUGGAUUCGCAACGCCAGCAACACCGAGCGGCUAUGGUACUUGGGCACAUACAACAGCUCCGAGCAGUGCGACCGGCUAUUCAAUGCCUGGUCCCGGGUAUCAAUCGAAUGCGCCGGUUCAUGUGGGCCCUCCGAAUGCGCCUAUGCCGCAAUCGCAGCAAUACAGCCUCAUAUAUGAUGGCAUAUCAAGAAGCCAUGACAUGAGUCAUGCGACUAUGUUCAGAACUUUAGAUCCUCUCCCCUCUGCACCAGGAUAUCCUGAUUAUGGUCAUCAGGGCGGGAGAGGGCUAUCGGGUUCCAGCGUUAAGCAAGAAGGACCUCACAAGCCGAUGAUGUGAAGACAGUGCUCAUGACACUUGAGUCGGUUGCGAACUAGGUCAACAGCACGGUUCUUUUGCUCUAGUUCAUCGAAACUCCAUUACGUCAGUCGCGUUCUAUUAUACCCAAAAUCAGCAUAAUCUUGGCAUGUAGUCCAGUUAUCUGGGAACGACCCCCCCCCCCCCCCCCCCCCCCCCCCCUUUUUUUUUUUUUUUCACACCCUCCGGAAAUCAUUCUUCUUGGUGU